UGACCGUGUCUCUAUAUCAACACACGAGCGCCAUUCAUAUUAAAGGCGGAGAGACGGAAAAUCAGAGGCGAGUUCAUACGGAAGUAAUGCCAAUCGGAGCCCUUUAAAAACGGGUGCAGUUCAGAGAUGGAUUCAAAGUCUCGUCGGUUUCCGUUCGCUGUCUCCAGCUCUUCCUCACAGUCAUCACCCUCCUCCCUGUCCUCAUCUUCAGCGCUCAGUGCUAGUCGUCUUUAUGGCAGAGGGAGCGUCUUAGGAAGAGAUCGCUUCAGCAGAGAAGCUUCUGUCAAGCUAGACUCAGACUAUCAGAGUUCCCAUUUGCUCAGCUCACCAAGAGGUUACAGCUCAUCUGAGAGCCGCCGCUCAAGCUGGAAACUCUCUACACCUAUCUCGGUCUCCUCUUCCUCCUCCUCGUCUUCCUGUGAUCGAUCGUGGAUAGACUCCUCCAAUGGGGACCGAGGCAGACUUACCGACUCUGAAAGAAGACUGGGAACCUAUUCUGGACUUUUGGGCACCUCCCAAGACAGCGAGUCUAAACGAGCAAAACUGUGCUAUACAAAUAGAGCAGCGUAUUCCAGAUCCCCAUCGACCUCUACACCUGCCAGCUCUUACUCCACUUUAGGAAGGAUGUCAGAUUCAUCAUGGAAGUCCGCCAUUAGUCCUUUGUCUAGAUCGUCCUCUUCUUCAUCCUCCUCUUCCGCAUCCACUCAGUCAGAGAGUCUGUGGGCCCGCAGGGAUUUGGAGAAGAGGGCAGAUUCAGGGAUGACCUCACUGGGAGAGUCGAGUUACCGGCCCAGUGGUCUGACAUCUUCACUGUAUCGCUCCGAGCGUGUUACCUCCACCUAUGCACAGGGUGCUCGACCCAAAGAGAGCCAGUACUCAUACUACAGAGAGAGCGGUUCAUCCAGUCGCUGUAUCCCGACUGAGUACCUCCCCCCACUGGAACGCAGCUCCCACAGGCUGACCUCCGAGUACCCGUCUGGCUCUUUCUCUCGCGAAACACCACGUUCCACUUCCAGUUCUAGCUCCACCAGAACCUCCACCUCUGUCUCAGAUCCCUCCCAUGUUUCAUCCUGGAGCUCCACCCCUUACACGCCCCUUACUGUUCGAAGCUCCAGCCCACCUCUAUCUAACCCUGUCCCUGCUCCACUCACUACUCGGAAUAGUGGUGACUCCGAUGGCAGGCGAACAACCAGGCGUCUGCUAUCCCGGCUUUUCUCCCGACGCUCCAGUCAGGAGUCAAGCUCUACUACUAGCUCAGUGUCUGAUUCAAGGUCAUAUGACUCUGGCCCAGAUGAAGCCCCACCCUGUCAAACCCCUCCUCCAGUCAGUAGAGAGAAUUUGGAAGCAGAGCUGAGGAGCUCGGACCCAGUUCAGGCAUUUUCAUUUCUGCGCAGGCACGGGCCGUCCCUUGCUCCUGUCCAGGAGAGUGCCAAUGUGGAGCCUGAACAGGAAUCGCUCAGGGCUUCAGGAGGCCUGGCUUGGCUAAACUGGAACCGCUGUACCCCUCUGUUUUCUCGGCGUCGAAGGGACGGGCGGGAUGAAAGUGCCCGCUUGAACCCUCGCUGCUCACCCCAGUUUCCUCUUAGUGACCAAAAUGGCCGUAAAACACCCAACCGGGGCUCUUGCUGUGAAGAUGAUGACGAUGAUGAAGAAGAGUCAUUGUCAUCAGAGGGUGCCACAGCAGCAACCUCCACUGAAGCCUCAGGUCUCUCAUCAUCACUUCUGCAAGAUGGAGCUCAUCUAGCAGGACGGAGCAAUGGGAUUGGCAGAGUGGUGUCCAGCCCCCUCUUCCGUAUGCCUGAGAAUGUAAUAAUUGGUUUGGGAGCAGAGGGGAGGAGUCAAACCGAUGAACAGGUGAAAGAAAAACCUGCCCCUUCCAGAGACCCAGAGAGACUGCGAAAGAUUCAGGAGAGUUUGCUAUUGGAGGAUUCUGAUGAGGAGGAGGGUGAUCUUUGCAGAAUCUGUCAGAUGGGAGAGCAUUCGAGUUCCAACCCUCUGAUCGAGCCUUGCAAGUGCACUGGCAGCCUGCAGUAUGUGCACCAGGACUGCAUUAAGAAAUGGCUUCGCUCCAAAAUCAGCUCUGGCUCUAACUUGGAGGCCAUCACUACCUGUGAGCUUUGCAAGGAAAAACUGCACCUGAACAUUGAGAACUUUGACAUUAAUGAGCUCUACAGGUCUCAUGAGAGGUCAGAGUAUGAGUUCAUCAGUUGCGGGUUGUAUCUGGUGGUGCUCCUGCACCUGUGUGAGCAGAGGUUCUCUGAUGUCCUUGGGGCAGUCAAUGAUGCCGGGUUUUUCAACUUGGCGAGAACUCUGCACGAACACAUGGACAAUCUCGAAAGUUCAUAUGCAGAAUCCGAUGAUGAGACUGAAGACAGCAGGCCGUUCAUCGACUUUGGAGAUCUGGAGGAUGAUGACGAAGAGGGGGAGGCUUAAUCAGGUGGUGGAAGGGAAGGGGUGUGGCUUGGCAGUCUCCUCCCACUUCCUGUCUCACAUUUGUCCUCCUAUUUGAAGUGACUUUAGCCAAUGUCUUAUUGGCAGCAUAACCACUGUCCCUAGCCUAUCACAAGGCUUUCAUAAUAUGCAGAUAAAUGUUGUCUAUAGAAGCUAUUUGGAUCCCAUUCUGAUUUAAAAAAAAAUAAAUUCUUUUCUUUUUUGCAUCAGAGGUCGGUAAGCACUCUUGAAGCUUUAUUCAGUUAAAAAAAAAAAAAAGUCCGGUGAACUGUCGACCACCAUGAGUGCUUUACAUGAUAACUAUGCUGAGACUGAAGCUGGUUGGAGAAAGAUUCAUUUCUUGCAUCAUGCUUGCACUGGUGCAGUGGUAAAAAGAUUGUCUGCUCAUUUAUAGGGCUGUUUGAAAAUGGGAUGAUGUUUGGUAAUAUGUUGAAUGAUAAGAAAAAUAAAUAAACCCUUCAUUUUCUUUUUGUUUUUAUGCAAAUAAUACAUUUGCAUUGACUUGUUUGUUUUCGGAGAAUGGGUGAGUGAGAAAAUGUGAUCACUUUGCUUUCAAGACUUUCUAUUUACAGAGGACCUUUUCCACAGUCCUUUUGUAUGUUGUAUGUUGCUUUAUAAUAUCAAUGUAAUUUGCUUGAAUUAAUUAUUACAAUAAAAUGGAGGUAUUGAGAUACCUCACAAAAACC